AUGGCUGGCUCUGGCGAUGAGCGACGUGACCGUCGCCGCCGCUCCGUGAGCUCAGAUCACCACCGCGAACGUCGACGACGUGAUACCUCCCAAGACGACCACUACUCAAGCUCCAGACGACAAGAUGAUAGGCACCGGAGCUCCCGUCGAGAGAGCCCUCGACGCAGAUCAUCCCGCAGCCCACGUGAAAGGACUACCGACCGAAGUGACCGCGAUCGACCCCGACGCGAACGCCGACGAUCAACCUCCCGCGAUGACCGUCGCCACAGGCACCGCAGUCACCGCAGUCACCGAGAUCGCGAUUCACGCCGUGAAGACGAAGGACGGUCAUCUCGAAGACACCGCGACGCACGCUCCCGCUCCCGCUCCCCGCGACCAUCUCGCAGCUCACCCCCGCGCGCACUAGAGCGAAGCGGCCCGCUACCUUCCCAAAACGAGGCCUUUACAGAUGUGGCGCCCACUUCAGAUGCGCCCGCUCCUGAAAAACAAAAGCCCAAUUUCAACGCUACCGGUAGGCUUGCCGCCGAGAGUAAUACCGUUCAAGUCGAGGGAACCCCUGGAGGGAUCGUCUUGAAAUACCAUGAGCCUCCCGAGGCGCGAAAAGCACCGUCCAAGGAAGCGUGGCGGAUGUACGUCUUUAAGGGGAAAGAUCUGUUGGAAACGGUUGAACUGGGGGAGCGCAGUUGCUGGUUGGUCGGUCGAGAGCAUAUGAUCGUGGACUUCCCAGUUGAGCAUCCCAGCUGCUCGAAGCAGCAUGCCGUUUUACAAUUUCGAUUUGUCGAGAAGAGGAACGAGUACGGUGAUCGCAUUGGCAAGGUCAAGCCAUAUAUUCUUGAUCUCGAGAGCGCCAAUGGCACCAGUGUGAAUGGUGAGACCAUUCCCGCUGGUCGCUAUGUUGAGGUCAUCGAUAAGGAUAUUAUUCGCUUUGGACUGAGCUCGCGCGAAUACGUUCUCAUGUUACCCCCGAGCUAA